AUGCAAGUUCAAGAGUUCGUACGUAUCAAAGGAGAGUUAAGUGUCACGUUAGGAAGAAGGUUCGAGUUGUUCUGUGCGGAGUUGUUAGUUGAAUAUUUCGAAGAGUUAGGUGUAGGAAUUACACAUGUCGGAGGACCCAGUGACAAAGGAAGAGACAUUAUCAUAGAAGUUUGUGGUUAUAGAGGAGUGAUACAGUGCAAAGCUUAUUUUUGUCAGAAUAUAGAACGGAGACAUAUCGAUGAGUUUAGGAAGGUUGUCAAAGAUGGAUGUUUUGAUUUUGGAGUUUUUGUUGGGGUUUCUGAGAGAAGAAUCAGUGUUUCGGCAUAUUCAUCGGCUGCGAGAUCAGAAUGUGAUACUAUCGUCACAACUUAUAGAAACAUGUGCCGAGAUAUCAAGAACUUGAUCGCUGGUCGAUUAAAGCAAAAAUAUCGUGUCUUAGAAAAUAGAUUGGGGCUGGAACAGUUGGCAAAAGAAAGUGAAAAUCGAUUUGCGAAAUUGGAGCAGAAGCAAACCCAGAUUAUUACUAAUGAACAGGAAGUAUCCCUUGCAAAAAAUAUUUCAUCACUUAUUGAAGAUCAGUCCAAUAAAGAUAAUGAUAUUACUCUCAAUCUCAUGUACAAACAUAACUCAACCCAGACCCAAAGGAGUAAUUUUAAAUUUUUAACUGAUUUUGAAUUAUCUAUUACUUCUUUGCCGCAAGAUAUUAUUGAUGACAAUUUAGCUAAGACUCAAGAUUUUAUAGAAAGAAUAUAA